CACUUAUUUUAUAAAAUGCGACCAAAUUUACUAUGGGUCGACAAAAUUUUAGACGAAAACAAUGAAGCUGGAGUUUGCAUUUAUGAUCUCGCAUUCAAACCAGAUGGCUCUGAACUUUUGUUGGCUGCAGAUAACAAAGUUUACUUGUUUGAUGUUAAUGAAGGUGGUCAAAUGCAAACUUUGAAAGGACACAAAGAUCUAGUAUACACAGUCGCAUGGUCACAUAAUGGCGAACUAUUUGCAUCAGGUGGUGCUGAUAAAUUGGUAAUUUUGUGGAAUGAGAAACACGAGGGAACUUUGAGAUACAGUCACACAGACGUAAUCCAAUGUAUGAUGUUCAAUCCAUGCAAUCAAAUUCUAUUAACUUGUGCAUUGAAUGAGUUUGGAUUAUGGUCCACUGCUGAUAAAAAUGUGAUAAAACAAAGAAGUGUAGUGAGAUGUUGUAGUUGUGCAUGGAAUACAGAUGGUACCAUAUUUGCAAUAGGUCAUGGAGAUGGUACAAUCACACUGAGAAAGGGAACUAAUGCGACCGAGGAACCGUCAAUAAUAAUUCAACGUGAUAAUGAACCAAUUUGGGGUAUUGCAUUCUCAUCAAAUCGCACAUUUGCAUCAAGAGAUUCACAAGGAAAUCCAAUGGGUAUUGAUGAAAUAAUGGCUGUAAUUGAUUGGAAUAAGACACUUUCUUUUUAUUCACUUGAUGGAACGUUUAUUGAAUCAAAGAAUUUGGAAUUUGAACCGCAUUGUAUCAGUUAUUGUUUAAAUGGAGAAUAUUUAUUGAUUGGUGGAUCGGAUAAGAUUCUAAAAAUAUACACAAGGAAAGGAGUACUUCUCGGAACAGUUGCUCAAAUGGAUCAUUGGAUUUGGUCAGUGACAGUACGUCCAAAUUCUCAAACUGUUGCCAUGGGAUGUGUUGAUGGAACUAUAGCAUGCUAUAAUUUGGUAUUCUCAACGGUUCAUUGCGUUGAUCACGCAAGAUAUGCAAAUCGAAAAUCAAUGACGGAUGUAUUUGUUCAAAAUCUGGAGUAUCGUACAAGUUCCAAUAUUUGUUGUCAUGAUCUUGUCAAGAAAAUGUCACUUUAUGACACAAAGUUGGCUGUUCAGCUUUCUGACAAAAUUCAAAUAUAUAAGCAAACUGGAGGUGUGUCUAAAAAUGAAAGGAGAAAGCAGCUCAAGUACACAUUACAAGACACUAUUCGGAAGGAUUUGUCAUUUUCAUUAAUGGUAGUUACACACGGCCAUCUGGUGGUUUGCAAUGAUGAAAAAUUAGAGUGUUAUGAUUUUAAAGGAAUCAAAAAAAGAUCAUGGAAUAUGAAGUCAAUUGUCAGGUAUUUAAGAGUUCUCGGUGGUCCUGCUCAUCGUGAAACUCUUGUACUAGGAACCACAGAUGGCGGUGUAUAUAAAGUAUUCAUUGACAAUGAUUACCCAAUUCUUUUGGAUUCCCGAAAGACGGCUAUCAAAUGUAUUGACAUAAAUGCGAAUCGAACAGUUCUUGCAUCAAUUGAAGAUACACUUGUCUGUAAAUGGUCAGAUAUUGCAACAGGAGAGACAUUACUUCAAGAACCUGGAUGUUACAGUGUUGUAUUUAAUACGGUUAAUGAAAAUUUAUUCGCUUUUACAACAAAUAACAUGCUUCACGUGAGAACAUUAGCUGCUCCAGGGCAUACGACAAGAGGUGUUGGAUAUGUAUUGGGAUUUGUUAAAAAUCGAACAUUUUGUCUUGUUCAAUAUAAUUUGAUUCCCUUGGAAGUUCCAUAUACUAUACAUCUUUAUCAAUAUAUAGAACGAGGAGAUUUCAAAGAAGCCCUCCGAAUAGCUUGCCUGGGAGUUGUGAAGAACGAUUGGAAGUACUUGGCUAACAAGGCAUUAGAUGCUUUGGAAUUUGAUGUUGCACGGAAAGCUUACAAAAGAGUUAGAGAUAGAAAGAUGCUUCGGAUGGUUUGGGAACUUAAGAAAAUGAAAUCAAACGGGGAACCGGAUGCCAUCCUUCGUGCUACAAUCUUGGCAUACACGAAGAAAUUCAGAGAAGCGGCAAAAAUAUUCAAAGAAAAUGGAUUUGAGAAUAGAGCGAUGGAACUGUUUACGGAUAUGAGAAUGUUUGAUGAUGUGCAGGAAGUAAUGACAACAGCAUCCGGAGAAACCAAAAAGAUGUUAAUGAGAAAAAGAGCAAGUUGGGCAAGAGAUGCAAAUCAGCCGAAAAUAGCCGCCGAAAUGCUUAUUUCAUCUGGAGAUUUGGAUAAAGCAGCUCUAUUGAUUAUAGAUAAUGAUUGGUUAGAAUUAGCCAUCGAAAUAUCACAUAAAAUCGAUAGGAGUGACUUGGAAACUAUGAAAAAACUUUCAGCAUAUUUCAUUAGAAAACAUGAAUUUGGUCUUGCUUCAAGGAUUUUUCAAAGCAUUAAUGAUAUGAAAUCAAUUGUGGAUAUGCAUGUUAACGCAGGGCAUUGGACUGAUGCAUUUGCAAUAGCUGACCGACAUCCUAAAUACGUGGAAGAUGUUUAUCUACCGUAUGCAAGAUUUUUGGCAGAACGUGAUCGAUUUGAAGAAGCACAAAAAGCAUUUCAUAGAGCUGGAAAAGAGCAAGAAGCAAUGCAUGUUUUGGAACAACUAACUUCAAAUUCAGUUAAUGAGAAUCGAUUUGCUGAUGCUGGUUUCUACUAUUGGCUUCUGAGUCAGCAAUAUUUGGAUCGAAGCCAAACUGAAGAGAACUUGACACUUCUGAAUAAAGCCAAAGAAGCUGCUUCUUUGGCGGAUGCUUAUUACGCAUACUAUCCAGUUUUUAUAUUUUGUAGUCAACCAUUUUCCUUUGAACGAAAUGAAAACAUACUCAACAUGGCCAGAUAUUUGACUUUUACUCCAUAUAUUGACAACAUUUCAAAAGUAUUUGUUUAUUUCACAAUUGCGAAAAUAGCAAAUGAAAUGGGUGCUUAUAAAUCAGCUAGGACUGCACUUGACCAGCUGACAAAUUUAAGAGUUUUACCGCAAUUUGAACUGGAUGGUCAAAUUGAAGUUAUGACAUUGAACAUAAGAGCCAAACCAUUUACGGAUGUGGAAAGUAUGCAACCAAUGUGUUACAGAUGUGGUCUAAACAAUCCUCUACUCGGUGGAAUGUCGUGUAUUCAUUGUGAAACUCCAUUUAUCAUAUCAUUCGUUUCAUUCGAUAUUCUUCCCCUCAUCGAAUUCAAAAUUGAAAAUGAUAUUUCAUUUGAUGAAGCAAAAGAACUAAUUGAAAGUGAACCACCUCUGUCUGACGAUGAUUAUAAUCCAUUGAGAGGUCUCAAAAAGGGAAUCAAAGAAAUUAUCCUAAAUAGAGAAUCAUUGUCAAAACUGGAACAAGGACAUGUUAUAAUUCAAACAUUUCCACCUCCAUUGGCUCCGAAAUUCUUAUUUAACGUUAUGCCAAGUAUAACAAUUGCACAAUGUAAAGGAUGCAAUAAGGUUUUCGAUUUGGACGAUUUUGAAAUGGCAUGCCUUCGAAAAGGACAUUGUCCGUUUUGUAGAACAUCAUAUGAUCGGAAUGAAGCAUUUUUCGUCGACGAAGAGGAAGACGAAGAUAAUACGAAUAUUCCAAGUUUUGGACAAUUCUCAAGAUUCUCAUAAUUUAUUCUUUUUUUUUGGAGUAAAAUUAUUUUGACUAAAAAUUUAUAUUU